AUGCAGAUCAAGAGUUUCCUCCCUGUAGUUCUCGCUGCCGUGGCUACUGCUAGCCCGGUGGCCAACCCCAACUACAAGGCUUCUACCCCAGAGGCCAAGUACCCAACUACCACCCAGAAGGCUCACUACCCUACAUCUACCCCGGAAGCUCACUACCCCACGACUACCGAGAAGAAGGUUCAGUACCCGACCUCCACACCGGUAGCACAUUAUCCGACGACCACGGAGAAGAAAAUGGAGUACCCGACUUCUAAGCCAAAGACCCAGUACCCGGCGUCUACCAUGAAAACUCACUACACCACGACCACGGUGAAGAAGGUUCAGUACCCAACCUCUACUCCUGAAACUCACUACUCGACCACAACCCAGAAGAGCAAGGAACACAAGGAGAAGCCAACCAAGACGAAGUCUUCUCACAAGCAUGAGAAGACAGAGCAUGCCAAGGAAGAGAAACCAAAGCAUUCUAAAGAAGAGAAGCCAGAGCAUUCUAAGGAAGAGAAGACCAAGCAUGAUAAGGAGGAGCAUCAUUCCAAAGAGACCAAGAGGGGCGAGUAUCCAGCCAAGUACCCAGCAAGCACGCCAGCAUAUCCUAUGUACCCAGCUGCCAGCUCUCAUCCUCAUGGGGGCAAUGGCGGCUCGGGUGGUGAUGGUGAUUCGGAAGGUAGCCAGGGUGGCUUCGGCGGUCUUGCAGGAGUCUGCCCUCUAGGCAACACGCCUCUUUGCUGCCAAGUUGACAUCGAUGGCAUUCUUGACCUUACCUGCUCGAGCCCCGCUCGUGACCUCAACUCUCUUGAGGAAUUCGAAAGUUCUUGUGCAGAGACUGGCCUGACGGCUGAGUGCUGCACCCUACCCCUCGCUGGUGACGCUCUACUCUGCACCACUGUUUAA